AUGGAACGACACGAUGACGAGCGAACCGUGUUGGACAGGCAUGGUUCGAGGAAGUCGGAGCCGACACUUCCUCAAACACAAGAAGCCAAGCGCACACAGCGGCUUGCCAACCUCUACGAUGCCGUUGCAGGGAGGAUAACCUAUGACACAAGUCUGGGUGCCGCUACCAGCAAUGAGAAAACAACAGCCAGAGCCAAUCACUCCAGGCCGGGCAGGCACUCCGUCCGCGCCACUACCCUACCGCCUGAAGAGGUGCUCUUUCGUCGCAAGGCUGCGCCAGAACGCUUUCAGGAAUUCGACAUUUACAUGGCACACGACCGGAAUCUACCGGACGGCGGCCGCGAAUCCUUGCCAGAUAGCGACCUUCUCAAGGCUGUACACACCUAUGCGAGCCACUUUUACUCUGCCCUUGGUGGCCAACAGCGUGGUGCACUCUACCAGAUCGGGUCGCGGAAUAUUGACGAGAGGAGCAUGGACGAGUCCGCCUUGCUGGCCUUUGGAAUCCUGCUUGAGGAAGCUGGCCGAGACGUUCUGGGCAGCAAAGGAGACAUGGUCUUCACUGAAGGCCUGGAUGACUCCGCAGAUAUCGACGCAGCAUCGGAAGGCCGCCUCACGACUGACAACAUGCCAAGCCAGACUUUGACUGUUAAUACGUUGCGCCCUCCAACAUCGGUUGGCUUUGCCGAUCCUGGCUCUUGGAAAAGGCCACAAAAGAGGCGGAAAGUGACCGAUCCCGACGACAUCUGA